AUGUUGUAUAUCCUUCAGCAUCAGAAUGAACUAUGUGAUUCACAGUUUAUUGAGGAUCGACGAAAAGGAUUGAAAAGAUUUGUCACUUUGAUUACUCGUCAUCCUGUAAUUUCUGAUGAUAAACUUGUCAGCUUUUUUAUGACUUUUGCUGGAUCUGAUGUACAGUACAAGAUCAAAGAACAGUUUCGUUCCUUGGCAGAUGAGUACAUGACCAGUGAACUCUCCAAGAAUGCCCAGGAAUUAGUUCCAAUAAACACAGAAGUCCAGUUCACUGUGGCAAAAGAACAGAUGAAACAGAUUAAUAGCAUUGUCAGCCGACUUCGAGAUGCAAUGGAAAGAAGUAAAGAAAGAGGUAAAGAAGAAGGAUCUGAUGUUCUCUUGUUUGGAAAAGAACUAAGUUCUUUGGCCAAUAGUGCAAGUGCUGACUCAGAUUGGGGAUCGGGAGGGAACGAGACGUGGGACUUCCUGAGGAAAGGAUUGAAAUCUCUACUUCCAAUGUUCACUUCGGUUUCUGUUGCUCAUAUGAACCAGUCACAACGAGAAGAGGAAGAAAUUGUUGAAAAUUUAAAUUUAUUUUUGGAUCUUCUUUCAGCAUAUAAGGUAAUUUGU